CCUUCUUCAAACGCUCAGAACCGGCACUGCCAAUGAAUGAAUGCUUACAGAACACUGCUGUCCAAAGAGCCGCUACUGCACUUCUUGCAGAUUUGCCCGCCACAAGCAUUUCAGAAGAGAUGAAAAGGCAGAGAAGGGCAGAAACGGCAUUAACUGAAACGGGUGUUGAAUGCCCAAAUGAUGAAAAUAUUCGGGAGGGGGUGAUGAAUGAGGAUGAUAUUAGGGAAAUCAAACCGGGGAUGCCAAUGGAAAUGAGAUCUAUCUGCCCCUUCAUUUACGUUGAAAACGUCAACGAAAGGCGUCUGCCUCGUCGAAUCACUGAAGUGCGUUGCCUCUGUGAAAGACCACCAAGAAGGGGACGAACUCACCACACUGCAGGCAUCCACUGCGAGCCUCUUCAUUUCUCCAUUCCUGUACUUUUAUUUGAGGAUGAACAAUGUAGUGAACCAAAACGAUCUCUUGAACAAGUAACUCUGGGUUGUGUUGCUGUCCAUGGAGCUAGUAGUCGAAGCGGGUUUCUUUCAGCCAUUGGACAGCCCAGACCGCUUAUAGUAACCGAGCAACAAUUUUGA